UUACUCAUUACCAUGACCCAUGCGAUCAGUUCCCAUCGCACUCCUCUUUGAUGAUGCCAACUAGUGAAUUCCCGUAGGUUUUCACUUGGACCAACUUUUUCCACUCGAUAAGCAGGUGUGAUUUGUUAUUAUGGUUAACUUAUUCCUUUUGACCGCUUUGACCCUCGUGGGUCUGACCUCUUUGGUGCAGGUCAGCGGCCAACAACAACCUCAACAACCUCAACAACCUCAACAACCUCAACAACCACGCCGCCGGUUCGGACUUCCGACCCAAGCACCCCCAGCAUGGGCGGUGACCAUCUACAAGGACAAACUGGGCGGUGGCGACAGCGCCAAUAUGACUGGACCUGGUUGUCGCGGCGUCCCAGACGGAUUCAAUGACGAGAUGUCGUCUCUCCGCGUAACUGCGGGCUGCGUCCAGCUCUUCAAAGAUAAAGACUGCCAAAAACCUUUGGGGACUUUCACGGUCAAUGACAUAAUGAGAAACGACAAUCUCCAGGACAGCGGCUACAACGACGAAGUCUCAUCGCUUGGCGAUUGCGGCGCCCCACCUGCGCAGCCGCCAGGCGGGAAAUGAGCGCUGAGAAGAAGAUGAGUGCAAUCCGUAGUUUCAUUGAUUUUGGCGAUAACCUGCACAAUUUAUAUUACCUACCGAAAACUCCAAGCCGGAAAUUGAUGGUCACCAACACGAUAUCUUCUGCAAGGAGAAAUUCUGGACCAUAAACGUGGCUGUUGCUGGAUCCUACCAGCCAUCGACCGCCGUGAACGAAAAAUAGAACGGGAAGUUUCUUUUUACACCCUCGCAACACCGGAAUCUAAAAGAAAAAAAAGUGCAACAUUUGUAAAGGCUUCAGAAUUGAACUACAAAAAAUUAAAGUAUUUUUAACAAUUUUACGUAAUGUCAAUAACCUUUUUGUAGAAAAUAUAAUCCACAAAAAUGGUAGAUGAAUAAAAGAAAUGAAAACUUAAAA